CUUGCCCAACAACUUCCCCUCGUUGCCAUCCGUCGAACAAAUAGCGAGCCGCUGCUCAAUCGCUUGCCUAUGUCAAAGGACAUGAAAUAUGACAGAGAACACAGCCUUGCACCGCACGGCAAAAGCUCGCUGAUCCAAAUAUGCCCGUAUCCCUUCUGACGAGCGACUCAUCCGAUAGACGUCUCCUUUACUCACCGCCAGCUCGGUAUCCAUCAUGCUGUUGAGUCCGCUGAUCAUCCUGCCCUCGAUCCUCACCCUCGCAUCGGCAAAGGGCAGUACAGCGGCGACCGCCAACAAAUCCUCGAUCCGAGCCGGCCAUUUUACGCAGACGCUAGAUCACUUCGACCACACGACCAACCUUACCUUUCAACAGCGCUACUGGUACUCUCUAGCAGACUAUGUCCCCAACAGCGCGCGCUCGCACCGCGCAGCCCCCUCCGCAAUCUUCCUCUUCGAUGCUGGAGAAUUCAAUGCGGAGGAGCGCCUGACGAUGCUGGAUACGCACCUAAUCUCCAACUUCACCAAGAGCUUCGGCGGCAUAGGCAUUGUGCUUGAGAAUCGAUACUACGGCAAGAGCUAUCCAAACUUGACAGCCUUCGACGGCAGACCAAAGACGUGGGGUGUGGAUGAGAUGCGAUGGUUGACCCAUAGGCAGAGCUUGGAGGAUACGGCUCGAUUCAUCCGCGGAGGGAUGCAUUUCGAUGGCGUGAAUCAGGCCGACGUAGAUCAAAUGCCGGUCAUCGUUUACGGCGGGUCGCUGUCUGGGGCAAGAGCGGCGCAUCUGAGGAUAAAAUACCCAGAGCUCGUCUUUGGCGCCUGGGCAUCCUCUGCCCCCAUUCUCGCCCUGCCUGACUUCUACACUUACUACUGGACCAUCGCUCGCAGCGACAAUGUCACGGCCGUCCAAUCUCUGCAAGCAGCCUGGGCCUCGAUCGACGCCAUCCUUGCUCCCGAACCAGCAAAGGGCCCCGUACAGCCUAAGCGGGACCGCAAGAAGCUGGCCGCCUUUCUCACCCUGGCUGGCGUGCCUAACAUGACCGAGCCGGCUGAUUGGGCUUCCCUUGCCCGCGAUCCGCUCGACGGUCACCAAACCGCAGUAUGGAUCGACCCUGACCCGACCUAUCCAGCCUACCUGAACGCGAUGGCGCACACCGAGGAUAAAGAUCUGGUCUCGCUGCGUGAGCAAGCUGUUCACCUCGGAUUCAAGCAGGGCGAGCUCAACGAUGAAGCGCUGAAGUUGAUCCAUUGGCUGAGGCAGAAUGUCGUUGAUGGCUGCACGGGGCAGAAUGACGGUGGCUCGGCGGACGCUUGUUUUGGGCGCAAGACUCAAGAGGUGUGGCUAACGCCUGAUCCGGAACUCAAUGAGGGCAAAGCCUUCGUCUUCCAACAAUGCACCGAAUACGGGUGGUAUCGCACUGCACCUCCUGCAUCUCUCCCCGCCUCCCUUGCGGGUCCAAAGGUCCUGUCUAGUCUCAUCGACCUCAGGUACUCAAGAGCAGAAUGUGAUGAUCCUGCUUUCUUUCCUAAAGGCAAGCACUUCGAUAUGCCAAAAGAGCCCGAUGGACGCUUCUUCAAUGGACUGGGCAAUUUUACGAUCAGAAAGAGCAGGCUGGGGUGGGUUGACGGAGAGAAAGAUCCUUGGAGAAGUCUCAGCGUCCACUCCGAGUACCUGGCUCACGGCGGGGAUCGUAGCAAUACGCUGGACGAACCCUUCAUCCUCACGCCGGGUGCGGGCCACCACUGGGAGAUGUUCAACACUCCUCCCAACUCGACCGUCAAGAAGCCGUUCGCGAUAGAGGCGGCGCAGAAGAUGAUGCUGGAGGCUACGGCUCAUUGGUUAAGUCAGUGGCCGGGGCAUCGUAGCGAGGGGUCUCGUGAGGGGGCUCCGACGGAACUGUCGGCGUGAGAGCCCAAGGAAGUAGCUGUUAUCUCUGUAGCUGACAAGCAGCUCGAGUCGCUAGUCCUUCGACGCGGGCCGUCGAGGAGGGCCAGAGCCAUCAUUGCAGAUUUGCCUUCAAUGGCUCAUAAUAGACUCACGGCCCCAUACCCUUCUGUAUUCGAGAAGUUCAGAUUGCUGACCAAUCCAUCAGUAAGCACC